AUGCGCGAGUUCAUGGACCAUGUCCACGGCGCCUUUUACGAGGCGACGGGUUGGCGGCGCGACAACUCGUACGCGGCGCUGAACGCCACCUCUGAUGCACUCGUCGGCUUCCCGACGCCACGCGGCUUGCGCCUGACGCUCUCGGCGCUGGCGAGCCCCAACUUUGCCACGUCGUACCAGCUCGGCUCCGUCGGCGUCGUCGACGGGUCCGUCUCCUACCUCUUCUCGUCGGUGCCCCUGCGAGCCUUCCUGACGCCGCAGUCGGAGGCGGUGCCGCUGCCCCAGCUCCUGCGAUCCUACCGACCGCUGCCGCCGCUGCUUCCGCCGACGCCCCCGUCCCGCCCCGCCGAGGCGGCUUCGGCAUCGGCCUCGUCCCUGCUCUACGGCCGGCUGUACCUCCCCCAAUCGCGGCUCGAGGCUCUCGUGGUGCGGCGCGUCUCCGCCGCGCUGCAGCUCCAGUUCAGCGCCGUGUCGGCGCAGGACCUGCGCGACGGCGGCACGGCGCUCGGCCUCGCGCAGUACGACGUCGGCCGAUACGCGCUGGACGCGCUCGCCUCGUCCGACGGCGGCCUGCUCGGGCUGCGGGGCCUGUACAACUUUGGCGGCGACGGCGAGGGGUGCGCGGCGGCCGACGGCGACAGGGAGCGCGUGCACGGCCGCUUCAGCGCCGGGGCCGAGAUCUACUACGGCACCCUCAACAAGUCGGGCGGCGUCAGCGUCGGCGGGCGGUUCGCGACGCUGCCGACGCACCGCGGCACGCCGCUGACGGCGACGCUGACGCUGAACCCGCUCAUGGGCAACGUCGCGGCGAGCUACGCCGUCGUCGCCGGCAAGCACUGCAGCCUCGCGUCGCGGCUCGAGUUCAACAUGUUCAGCUACGAGAGCGCCUGGGCCGUCGGCACGGAGCUCUGGAGGAAGCCGUUGACUCGGCCGGCGGCGCAGGCUCGGCAUCCGGGGCGAAGCUUCGCGGCCAAGAUGGCGUGGAGACUGGACGAGCCCCCGGCGCCGACGGCGGAGGUGAAGCGGCGCGGGGACGGCGACGAGUACGCGGGCGUGCUCAAGGCGCGGCUGGACCAGAACCUGCGCAUCGGCCUGCUCUGGGAGGGGCGCGUGCAGUCGCUGCUGUUCAGCCUCGGCAGCGGCAUCGACCUGCGCAGGCUGGACAAGCCCUUUCGGACGCUCGGGCUGGAGAUUCAAUUCUCGUCGUGA